GAUAUUAUAUUCAGUGAAUUUUAAUACGUUCAUCAUAUCAUAAUCUUUUCUAUAAUAAACGGGAUUAGUUCUCUUUUGAUUAAUGUAGUAACUUCCGUUAAAAAUGGCCCUCUUCGUCUUUAGUCGUCAAGCCGGUUGCCUUGCAUUCCAUAGCGCAUUCGUCGGUAGGUGUGCAAGUUCGCAGUUCACUAAGUUUAGUACGAAUACAUCUUUUAUAAGAAGAUUUUCCAAUAAAAUGGGUCUCCCAAGAGUGUUUUUUGAUAUGUCUGCUGACAAUCAGCCUGUUGGAAGAAUUGUUAUCGAGCUUCGAAGUGAUGUAGUUCCAAAAACAGCGGAAAAUUUCCGAGCGUUAUGUACAGGGGACAAAGGUUUUGGAUAUAAAGGAUCUACCUUCCACCGUGUCAUCCCUAACUUCAUGUGCCAGGGAGGGGACUUCACCAACCAUAAUGGUACAGGUGGGAAAUCCAUCUAUGGAAAUAAAUUCGCCGAUGAAAACUUUACCCUAAAGCACACCGGUCCUGGAAUCAUGUCCAUGGCUAACGCUGGCCCAGACACCAACGGAUCCCAAUUUUUCAUCACCACCGUAAAAACUUCGUGGCUAGACAACAGGCAUGUAGUAUUUGGAUCUGUUGUCGAAGGCAUGGAUGUAGUUAAGAAAAUUGAAGCCCUCGGAUCUCAAUCAGGCAAAACAUCAAAGAAAAUUGAAGUUACUGAUUGUGGUCAAUUGUAAAUUUAUAUUUGACACGUAUACAUAUAAGUUAUACGAUACAUCCUUUUUGAAAUACCUACUUUCUCGAUAAAUGUUUUAUUCAGUGCAUUUGCUAAAUUCCUUACCAUUCCAACUUUAGAUGUUGGUGUAUCGUAAAAAUGUUCCCAUAGAAUUUGUGAUCUAUUAUUUCAUUGGCGAAUUAACAUGCCAUUAGGAUUAGUGUCUGCAUUUAUAAUGUUUCUACUUUGGAUCUGCAUCAAAAUAAACCGUAUUAAAAUAUGUUUGUUUUAAUACUUUUUUUUAUCAAAUAUCUUCCAAUAAAUUUACGUCUAUAGAUCUAAUUUUUUUUAUUCAAUUAAUGUUUACCCCACUCGUAUAUAGCAUUUAUUAUAUUUGUUUACUGCAGUACCUAAUCUUUAACAUAAUACAUUGUCUUAUAACAUCUAAAUUGACCAACUUAUUUCUAAAAGUUAUCCCACUAUUUACUGAUCAAAGAAAAAGUUUUAUUUAAAUAUGUAAUUAGUUAAUUUACUAGUAAUGCGUAAUAAAGGUUCUUAAUACUUA